AUGACCAAUUUUCAGGCUAAUACUGCGAUGACGGUGAUCACCGUUGUGGCUGCUCCGCUCUGCUUCGUAUCCCCGAUGUUUAUAGAAAAUUGUGGACGACGCAAGGUCUUCAUAAUGAUUACAGCGCUUUGUACAUUCGAGUGGGUUGCUCUCGGUAUCGCUCAACUACUAUGGGAUGUUGGACACACGAGUCUCCUAUUUUCGCAAAUGCUCACUGUAUUCGGAGCUACAAUGGGUCAGUGCGCCGUAAAUAUGGGCAUGCUAAUCAUGGCACCAAUGAUGAUAUCUGAAGUGUGUCCCCACAACACUCGAGCUACAAUAUCCCAGCUGUCACAAUCUUUGCCAGCUGCUGUGGGAAUGGUCGAAGUGUUGAUAUUCCCAAAUCUUCGUUCCUGUUUCGGAGCAGGAAUUUACUUUUUCCUAGCCGCAUGCUGCGGAUUUCUCGUAACGGCCCUACACAGAAUGAUGGUUGAGACGACAGGAAUGCCGGUAGAUGUGAUCGUUCGGCAGAUUCAUGAUGAACACCGCCGAAACACGAUCGUCUCUGAUGGAGGCAACUACGGAGCUCUCUGA